GUUGUUGGCGUUGGGCGGAGAGGAUUCUCGUGGGUUCCCAACAUGCUCGGAGGAUAACACGCUUGAAUUAAGCAAGUGCCCAAUAAAAUAAAAAAACUUGAUAAUAAUAGUAGCAAAAAGUAACAGAAGAAAUGAGCUGGGGGAAAUGGUGAUGGAAUGGUGGUUGUGGGUACAUGGUUAAAGAACUCCACGACGAAAAGGGUGUUGGAAUCUGGUCUCAAAGUUUAAGCUUGACCCGCAUUUGUGGUUUUUGAGGAAUUCCAUUUGGUGGGACUGUGGUACUGUUUGGGGCCAUUGUAGCGUUGUUUGAAGAGGGCCCAUUUGAUGAUUUGUGUAGUGGUCCACCUGGAGUUGUUAGUGGAGAAGCUUCUGCAAGACUGAGAGGAAAUUCAUAAUAUUAGUAGUACAGGACCGGGUCUCUUUUAAGUUUUUCUGAUACACAUGGCCAAUAGUAAUAAUCAUUAACAGAUUGUACGGAGGGAUGGGUAAAUAAUACUGGGAUCCUGGAGGGCUCAAAAAUAAGUGACUGGACCUUGUGUCUAAGCUGCCGCACAGCGGAUGGUGUUUAGGUGAAAUAGUGUAACAAUCCUCGGAAGUUGUGGAUUUAAAGUUUGAAGUCAAUUUAUAUAGAUCUGUAUGAUUUAAUGUCAUGGAAUGGAUCAGGCAUUGGGGCAGCAGGAGGAGAUUUAACAGGCUUGUUGUUACAGUGGACAUUUGGAUAUCUAGCUAGAGCUAGGUGCAGGUAGUGUUUGAACAGUAAGAAAAAGCUGGGGGCUGAUACACUUUGUGUCAAGCUACAGGGAUUGUGAUAUGAUUGAUUGGUGACAGCCUAGGGUUCUGCUUGGAUAGUUGGUGUGGUAUGAGUGGUUGGCUUUUGGCCGGAGAUAUUUUUAGAGCAGUUUGUUGUGUUUGAUUUGGCUUUUUUUGGAUUGGUUGAGCACAGGAUCGGUUCCGUUGUAGAUUGUUUUAUUUCACAGUUUGGGUUAGACUGGUGUUGGGAAUGAAUGAUUCUAGUUUAGAGUUUUUGUCCUUCAGUUGGGCUGGAUUGUUUCUUUCCAGCCCGGGUUGGAUUGGUCAGGUGGGUAUAAGGAUAUGUAAAUUGCAGGAGGCACAUGGGAGGUGACCAGGUAACUUGCGAACCGUCACUAGGUAAGCUUGAUUUGCCAGCUUUGAUUUGCAAUUAAUAGGACAAUGGAGGGCGUCCGAGUCUAAUGCUGUAGGGUAGUCCUGUAAAUGUGGAUUUUUAGAGCUCUUAAGGAGAGUAGGAAGGAGUCCUGUAGCUCUCCUAGUAAUAGUACAUGAUUUCUAUGGCACAUUUAAAAUGGUGGGCUGCUUUGCUAUUGCUAUUGCUGCUGGCGAUAAGCUUGGGAGUUGAAUGCAAAAGUACAGAGAGUGUCGUGUUGGCAGAAGGUCCUGGUCAACAAGAGGCGUUUCCUGACAGGGUAGAGAGAGCUGCCCUUUUCAACUUGAGGUCAUCCUUGGGGUUGAGGAGCAGGGAAUGGCCCAAGAAGGUUAACCCCUGCACGACUUGGAAAGGAAUUGAGUGUAACGCAGGGAGGGUUGUUGGUAUUAAUUUGUCUGGAUUCAGGAGGACUGUAGCGGGUUCAAAGAAUCCUCGGUUUGCUGUAGAAGGCUUGCAGAACCUUACAUUUUUGCAGGAGUUCAAUGCUUCUGGGUUUGCAUUGCCUGGUUCUGUGCCAUCCUGGUUUGGCCAACUCACAGCGUUAAUAACAGUGGACCUCAGCUCUGCCUCCGUUAAUGGGGAACUUCCUCCUUCCCUCGGCAAUUUAUCUAAUCUGAAUGCUCUUGUUCUGUCCCGGAAUAACAUCACAGGAACUAUUCCCUCCUCUUUGGGCCAACUCUCCAGAUUGACAAUUCUGGAUUUAUCAUUCAAUAAUUUGACUGGAACAAUUUCUCUAUUAUUUGCAAAUUUGAAGAACCUGACUAUGUUUGAUCUUUCGUCAAACAAAUUGCAAGGACAAAUUCCAAAUGGUAUUGGAAAUCUUACAAAGCUUGCACGGCUGAAAUUGGCAAGUAACAACAUCAGUGGUGACAUUCCAAAUCAGUUGGGGGAUCUCUCUUUGUUGGAUGACCUUGAUCUGAGUUCAAAUGCACUUUCUGCUUCCAUUCCAAAGGAACUUGGAAAACUUAAGAAUCUGACAAAUUUGGUUCUUUCAAACAACAAUCUACAAGGCCCAAUUCCUGAGGAAAUUUUCAACUGUACUGCACUCCAAAUUAUUCGUUUGGAUCAAAACAAUUUGACAAAUCCUCUGCCAAGUUCCAUUAAGAAAUUGGUGAACAUUAGGAAUGUAAGUCUCUCUCAUAAUCAGUUCUAUGGUACCUUGCCACCUGGACUUACAGGUCUUCGUCAAUUGGUAGCUAUUGAUUUUUCAAAUAAUUUCUUUGAGAAUAAAAUACCAAAUGGUCUUUCGCUUGCAGUAUUACUUGAUGAGCAAAACUGUUUACAGGGAGUAGAAAAGCAGCGGCCAUUUAAAGAAUGUGAAUCAUUCUAUUCUGCAAGGAAGCUAUCAUUUUCUGGUUUUGCGGAAAUAAGUCCCUCUCUUCCACCUCAAACAACAGUUGAAUCCUCUGGUGGAAAUAAUAAACAUUUAGGAGCAAUUUUAGGAGGUGUAUUUGGUGGCUUGGGUUUUGUGCUACUUGUGAUCGUUGUAGUUUACUUAUAUCUAAAGUAUGAGAGAAAAGUUGAUCACAGAGAAAGGGAUGUAAAUCCCUCUGUCCGGAGAGCAGGCCAACAAACAGUUGGAAUUACAGUUAACUUGUCACAACUCGGAGAAUCUUUUGGUUAUGAGCAGUUGUCUCGAGCAACUGAAGACUUUAGUGCCUCUCAUCUCUUAAAGAAUGGGCACUCAGGUGAUCUGUAUCAAGGCCUCUUGGAAGGUGGUGUUCCAAUUGUUGUUAAGAGAAUUGCUUUAAACACAUUUAAAAAAGAUGGAUAUCUUUCAGAGUUGGAUAUAUUGGGAAGGGCCUCACACACAAGGCUUGUACCUCUUUUAGGCCACUGUUUAGAGCGCGAUGACGAGAAGCUUCUUGUUUAUAAAUACAUGCCAAACAGAGAUCUUUCUUAUGCACUUUACAAAAAAGCCAGUUCACCAGAAGAUACAUUACAGUCAUUGGAUUGGAUAACACGUCUCAAAAUAGCCAUUGGAGCAGCUGAAGGUCUCUCAUUUCUGCAUCAUGAAUGCGCACCUCCUCUUGUUCACAGGGAUGUUCAAGCAAGUAGCAUCCUCCUGGAUGAUAAAUUUGAAGUACGGCUUGGAAGCUUGACUGAAGCCUGUCCACAAGAGGGAGAAGCUCCCCAAAGUGUUCUAGCUCGGAUACUCCGGAUAUCACAAACUUCAGAUCAAGGGAUGACAGCAGGCACCCCCAUUGCAACGUGUGCUUACGAUGUGUACUGCUUUGGAAAAGUCUUAAUGGAGUUGGUAUCUGGUAAAUUAGGGAUUAGUGGAUCUAAUGAUCCAAGUGCAGGUGCCUGGUUAGACUGGGCAUUGCCGUUAAUUAGUAUAUAUGAAAAGGAAUCAGUAACCAAAAUUGUAGAUCCAUCUCUUAUUGUCGAUGAAGAUCUUCUAGAAGAGGUGUGGGCCAUGGCUAUUGUGGCUAAGUCAUGUUUGAAUCCAAAACCCUCAAAAAGGCCACUAAUGAGAUACAUAUUGAAAGCUUUGGAAAAUCCUUUAAAAGUUGUCAGAGAAGAUAAUGCCAAUGCAUCUGCACGCCUAAGAACAUCAUCUCGUGGGUCAUGGAAUGCUGCUCUUUUUGGAAGUUGGCGGCAUAGUUCUUCUGAAAUUGUGGCUAUUCCUGGGCCUCUUAGAGAAGAAUACACUCAGAAAGGUCUUUUAAAACAGGCAGGAACUGCAGGUUCUCAAGGUAGUGGUCAAGGUGGUGAUGUAUCUUCACAUAAAAGAUUGUCCAAUGAGAUAUUUCCUGAGCCAAUGGAGGAAGCAGUGGUCCCAGCAUCGAGUACAGAUAUAGAGAAACAAGAUGAUUAGGAAUUUAUUCUUUCGGAAUAAUUCAUGACAGGCUCCCCAUUUGAGGGUCUGCUGUAUUGGUAGAGGACUGAAUAUUGAUGGGCACAUAGCUAUUGCACCCUUGUGCAUCAGGAUGGAGGGUACUGCCUUAAAUUUUCUUUCCCACACCACAAUUUCCCAAAUUUAAAAUCCAGGGCAGUUUCAGGUUUAUUUCUUGAUGCAGGAGCUUUUGAAAGAUGUGUUCUAAAGGCAGUGGUGCAUGAUGAAACAUGGAAUGGUUUACUCUACUCUGCUGCAUUCUUGGCUGUCUUGAAUCCCUUCACUUGUCAGCAUAUUUUUAUGUAUUUCAAGCCUUAUCCAGGGCUCCAUAUGCAAUUGCCUAUUCACCAUUGUAUUCUUUUUUCCCUGCUUACAGUUCACUGGAUGAUUGUUGUAAUUCUGUUUACCUCAUAGUUCCAACAGGUUAGUCUGACAGGUUUUGUGUUUUCAUGAGCGAAGUGUGAUUACAUGGUGAAUUAUAAGCUGGGAAGCAUGUGUAAGAUCCAACUUGAGCUGUGUAUAGUUGGUUCUCUAUCUUGAGGAUUUGAUUGUCAAAAGUAUUGCAGUGUCAUGGUACACAAUUAUUUCGAAAUGGGUGCACAUAGCGACAUGAUGCCACAUAUUCAAAUGUGCUGAGAUGUUGGGCCAGAACAUUCAUUCACACUGUAUUAACCAAACUAAGUUUUAUUCAUAAAGAACUGAUGUGGGCAGAUAUGCAGUGAGACACAUGCUGUGUCUAUAUGCUUUCCGUGGGCCCAAAGCAUGGUAUCUUGUUAAAUUGUAUUCCAUUUCUGCUAUGCAGGUAUGCCUGAUCCAAGUGGGUUUAAUCAAAUGCUUUUGCCCUUCACAAGAGUAUUCACAUCAUACAAUGGUUGGCUGUUGUGGUCUUCGCAUGAAAUUUUUACCUAAAGUUGAUUUUCUUCUUCAUUUCUAGUUUUUUCAAGCAAAAUUCAUCAACUGUUGAUAUGAAUGUCUGAACUAUCAACUAUCAAUGUCUUCUUGUAUUAACUGGUGGUCAUAGGUGCUUAUUUGACAACGUUUUUUGAGCUGCAGCCAGAGCGAGGUUGCACUAUUUUUUCUGCUAUUCUUAUUGAUAUGAUAAAUAUGAGAAAUGCUUUUAUUCUUCAUGCA